CUUCCUUCAGUGUUUCUCAUCUUGUUUUAUCAUCUUGCAGGUCUGUUCAGGCUCCUGUCUUCUGUUUACAGUAUUCAAAUUGCACACUUCCCAAUUAACUUUUUGUUAACACGUCACUUGCUUUGUAGUGUUUUGAUCCUUUCUUCUAUAACUUUCUUCUAUAGGCACAAAUAUUUUAUUUCAUGGUGUGUUGGUUGCACAUUGAAUGUGAUUGAGAUCCCUAAAUAAUUACUGGCUUUCCUUGUUUUAAUAUGACACAGAAAUGACUCAUGAGAAAGAUAACUGUCAUACCAAUCUGAAAUGGGUAAAAACUCUUUCAGAUUACCUGAAGUAGUGAUGGUAGAUCUAAUACUGCCGCUUGUCAUGUACAGUAUGCUUCAGCUCCAUCUUUGGUGCAGCUAUGGAAUUGCACUUGGAAAGUGUUGCUGUUGAUGACCUUUGAUUUCUAAAUAUGGCUAUGGUGAAGAAAACACUGCUCGCUGCUCUCGUUGCUGCAUUUGCAGCGUUCAUUGGACACAGAUUUCUUAAGUUAAAGGAAAUAAGUCUUGCUUCCAGAGAAGUACCUGUGAAACACCUUCGCUGUCAUUAUAUAAAGAAUAUCGAAUGUGGGGCAGAGGAUAUUACAAUACUCAAGGAUGGACUGGCCUUCCUAAGCACAGGGUUAAAGUAUCCUGGGAUGCCUUCAUUCUCCGAUAAACCAGGGAAAUUGUACAUUUUGGAUCUUCUGCACCCAAGGCCCAUUCCAGUGGAGCUGCAAAUCAAAGGAAAACUGGACCUCAGCUCAUUCAACCCACAUGGCAUUAGUGUAUACACUGAUGAAGCAGAUGAGUCUAUAUACCUGUUUGUUGUCAAUCACCCUCAGUACAAAAGCCAAGUAGAGAUCUUUCGUUUUGUUGAGGAGGACACACUUGUGCACCUGAAAACUAUUACCCACCCCCUACUCCGCAGUAUCAAUGACGUUGUUGCAGUCGGAGUAGAGAGCUUUUAUGCCACAAAUGAUCGCGCCUUUCCCAGUGAUUCACUUAACUUUCUGACCAUCCUCCUGGGUCUGCCCUGGUGUGAAGUAGUGUACUACAGCCCAGGGGAAGUGAAGGUGGCAGCCAAUGGGUUUCUAUUGGCAAAUGGCAUCAACAUAUCUCCUGACAAACGGUAUAUUUAUGUUUCAGAUUUAUUAGACCAUGACAUAGACGUUUUUGAGAGACAAGAAGGGAAAGACUUAGUAUAUAUUAAGUCUGUAGCUGUUGGGUCACUCUGUGAUAACAUCGAGGUGGACCACAGGACUGGAGACAUAUGGCUGGGCUGUCAUCCAAAUGCCAUUAAGUUUUUAAAUUAUGACCCAGAAGAUCCACCUGGCUCUGAGGUCAUCCAGAUAAAGAACAUUCACUCCGAGCAGCCAGUGGUGAGCCAGGUGUAUGCUGAUAAUGGCCAUGUGAUCAUGGCCUCUGCUGUAGCAGCUCCCUAUGCAGGAAAGUUACUUAUUGGCUCUGUUUUCCACAAAGCCUUGUUAUGUGAUUUGAAAUGAUCAGUACAGUAUAU